AUGGAGGAAGAUCACAAGGGUAAGGUCAAUGGAGAGAAGGAAGGAGAGGUCCGAUACAGAGGGGUGAGGAGGAGGCCGUGGGGAAAAUAUGGAGCAGAGAUUCGCGAUUCAAGUAGGCAUGGAGCCCGGCUGUGGCUCGGGACUUUUGCAACAGCAGAAGAGGCAGCAAGAGCUUAUGAUCGAGCUGCGUAUGAAAUGAGGGGUUCUCUAGCCAUUCUCAACUUUCCCAACGAAUAUCCCCCUCUUCCUCCUCCUUCCUUCUCCUCCUCGUCAUCAUCAUCAUCAUCAUCGAGGUCAUCGGUGGCAUCGCCAUCAUCUUCCUUCACCCUUUCCAUGGUUGAUAAUGUGGAGAAUGCCCAACAGAGCAAAGAAAUUUUCGAAUUUGAAUACUAUGAUGACAAGUUGUUAGAGGAUCUUCUUCAGUACUAA